AAAAUGCCUGACCAGAGCCCCUCCCAAACACCUUUUGAGACACCUCACGGAACGCCCUGUGAAUCACCUCUUGAGACGCAUUUCGAGAUGCCCCGUGAAUCGUGUUUCGAGACGCCCCAUGAAUCACGUUUCGAGACGCCUCUCAAGACACAUUUUGAGACACCUCUCCAAUCGCAUUUCGAGAUGCCUUGUGAAUCACGUUUCGAGACGCCCCGUCAAUCGUGUUUCGAGUCGCCUCUUGAGACGCCCUGUCAAUCGCAUUUCAAGACGCCUCUCGAGACGCCCCAUCAAUCGCAUUUCGAGUUGUGUUUCGAGUCGCCUCUUGAGAUGCGUUUCGAGAUGCCUCACAAAAGGCCUUCUGAGACGCAUUUUGAAUCGCCUCACGAAACACCUUACCAGGCUCCUCCCAAAACACCUCUUCAAAUGCCUUACGAGCCA